AUGUUGACAAUCGCCUUCCUCGGAGCAACCGGCGGCUGUGCCAAUGCCUGCCUGGCUCAUACACUCCGCAAUGGCCACAACGCCGUGGCGCUAGCCCGCACACCCUCCAAGCUCGAAUCGCAACUCCUCGAGCAACCAGGCCUCACCCGCGAAAUCCUAGACAAGCACCUCCGCAUCCACAAGGGUGAUGCGACAAACGUCGACGAUAUCAUAAACACCCUCAUCAUUGCCCCCAAGACCGAAAUUCAGCCCUGCACUCUGGUCACAAGUAUCAUUUCCGGCAUCGGCGGCGCACCAACCAUGUCCUGGACCCGACCAAACCCCUGCGACAAGAUGACUAUGCGCAUUCCCAGUCUUCCGCACAUCGAGCUGCCGAACCCGCACAUCACGGAGGAUACCACUCGCACGCUCCUCCAGGCUCUGCAGCGUAUCUCCACGGAGCAAUUCGGCUCCUAUGAUAAGUAUGCCUACGCCGCGCCGCAGUUGACGGUGAUAUCGGGAACAGGGAUCGGAUCCAAGAAUGGAAUGAAGGAUGUGCCGUACCUCUUUCGACCCAUGUACUCUACUCUUCUUCCCGAGCCGCAUGCAGACAAGUCGAAUAUGGAGAAGGUGUUGAAUGAGGAGCGGGAGAAGAAGGAAACGCUCCUUGCGCGGGGAUUGGUUAUUGUUCGGCCUAGCUUCCUAACGGGCGAUCAUCGCAUUGUGCCUGCUGGGGAGGACUCCGGUUAUUCGAAGCUGCGUGUUGCGACGGAUGAGAGCCCUGCUGCUGCGAUUGGGUAUUUGGUGCCCCGGCAGCUGAUUGGGGAGUGGAUUUACGAAGAGAUUGUCAACUGUGGUGGCGAGCGGUGGGCGGGACAGGGGGUGCUGCUCACUUGUUAA